AUGCCAGGCAGCGCGGCCGCCGUCGCCGCCGGCAGAUCACGGACGCAAUCUACAAGAGGGCCGCGGCAGACGGCAGCGUCACUGCCGUUGGACGUGCUGGUGGACAUCGCCACCCGCAGCGACCCGACCACCCUCGUGCGCUGUGCGGCGACGUGCGUCGACAUGCGCUGCCGGAUCAAGGACGGCACCGGCCUCCGCCUCCGGCACAGCGACCGGUUCGUGCCCUCCCUCCUGCGCGGCCACCUCAUCUUCAAGUACGUGUUCCUGGUGGACUCCACAGCGCAGGACGCCACCAGGCUGCGCAGGGUCACCAGCGACGGCAUACCCCUCGCCUCGCGCGACGGGCUAGUCCUAGUCCUCACCCGCGUGGGCCGAGAGCUCCGCGUCUGCGACCCGGCCACCGGUAGCAGCCAGACCUUGCCGCCUCGACCGGCCUUCCCUGUCGGUGUGGUGGACCGCAUGGACGCCGGACGAUACAUAAGUUAUGUCUUGCUUGUGGGGGGCGGCGACGACAGUAAGGGUGCCGCCUUUGGCCGGCAUUUUCAAGUGGUCAUGGCGUACCUAGAGCUUUCGCUGAACCGGCGUGUCCUGCAGCUCCUGACAUUCUCGUCGGAGCACGGCGUAUGGGGCCGCUGCACCGAGGCACGGGCUCAUAACCUGUGCGGCAGCUACUUGCAACGAGGCCUCGGCAGGGCCCUGGUCAUUGGCGGCACUGUGCACUGGUUGGCCAUGAGCGACACCUCGGCUUACCUCCUCAAGCUCCACGUCAAAACGGCGCAUUUGACGGUGACGAUGCUACCCAAGAGCUUCGGAUGCACAGAGUGGGACAGCCAUCUCCUAGCGACAUCGUCGGCUGGCGCGACCCUAAUUGUGCUCGUCACCAAUGGCCGCAAGAUAUGGUCUUGGUCGAAGCAAACAUCCAAGUGGCAGCAACGACCGGAGGCGGUGAUCGACAAGGAUGCAAUCUCGAGGUUCCUGGACAAGGAGGGACGAGGCAAUAAUCAAGUGAUCAUGAGGGGAAAAGGCACACUAGGUCUAGUGUGUUUCGCUGAGAGGAGCGGCAUCGUGCUCAUCACUUCAGGCUGCACUUUCUUCUGGCUCGACUUGCGGUCCAUGGAGAUUGUGAGAUGCUUCUCGGAUUCUCGGCUCCGGGACAUGGACAAGAAUAUCCCCUAUGAAGUGAAUUUGACGGAAUGGGUUCCUACAUUCAGGAGCACUUUGUGA